CUCACAAAAAAUAUCAUAAUUUCUCUUUAAAAAACUUCCCUGAAUCUUGUGCCGCAAGUUGAGCUGGAAAAUGAAGGUGUUUGUUUGGUUUUCCUCUGUGCUUUUUGCAGCUACCCUUUUGAGCACCUGCUCUUUUGCUCUCACUGACGAUGGUCUAACAUUGUUGGAGAUCAAAAGCACAUUGAAUGACAGUGGAAACUAUCUUGGAAACUGGCUAGCAACGGACGAUACACCCUGCAAUUGGACUGGCAUUUCUUGUUUCCCCAAUCUUCAAAGGGUUCGAUCAAUGCACUUGCCGUACAUGCAAUUAGGAGGCAAAAUAUCUCCCAGCAUCGGCAAACUCAACAGAUUGCAAAGACUGGCAUUGCACCAGAACAACUUACAUGGACUGAUUCCUAAUGAAAUUACAAACUGUGUUCAUUUGAGAGCUCUUUACUUGAGAGCUAAUUUUCUCGAAGGUGGCAUACCGUCGAAAAUUGGAAGCCUUUCUCUUCUUACUGUAAUGGAUUUAUCGAGCAAUUUGCUAAAGGGUGCAAUACCUUCAUCUAUAGGCCGUCUUAUUAAACUGCGUUACCUAAAUUUGUCCACCAACUUUUUCUCUGGUGAAAUCCCGGAUAUCGGAGUACUCAACACUUUCGGGAACAAGUCGUUUCUUGGUAAUUUGGAUCUAUGCGGCCAACAAGUUCACAAGCCGUGUCGGACCUCACUGGGAUUCCCGGCAGUCCUUCCUCAUGCUGAAAGUGAUGAAACAGAAGUCCAAACGAAGCGAUCAUCUCGCUAUAUCAAAGGUGUGCUGAUCGGUGCAAUGUCAACAUUGGCUGUCAUGCUUGUUGUUCUCCUUGCAUUUCUCUGGAUAUGUCUACUAUCAAAGAAGGAAAGGGAUGCUAAGAAAUAUACAGAAGUCAAGAAACAAGUCCACCAAGAUACGAGUGCGAAACUCGUCACUUUUCAUGGGGAUCUGCCGUAUCCGUCGUGCGAGAUUAUAGAAAAGCUAGAAUCCCUUGAUGAAGAGGAUGUUGUGGGGUCGGGGGGGUUCGGAACUGUAUAUCGAAUGGUGAUGAAUGAUUGUGGAACAUUUGCUGUUAAAAGAAUAGACCGGAAUCGUGAAGGAUCUGAUGAAGUCUUUGAGAGAGAGGUAGAGAUAUUGGGCAGUAUCAAACACAUUAAUUUAGUUAAUCUACGAGGUUACUGCAGGUUGCCGUCAUCGAAACUUCUUAUCUAUGAUUAUCUUGCUAUGGGCAGCUUGGACGACUUCCUUCACGAAAGCAAAGAAGCCAGGACAUUGAACUGGUGCGCUUGUUUAAAAAUCGCCCUCGGUUCUGCUCGAGGUAUCGCAUACUUGCACCAUGAUUGUUGCCCGAAGAUAGUUCAUCUAGACAUAAAAUCGAGCAACAUUCUUCUCGAUGAAAACUUGGAGCCCCAUGUAUCAGACUUUGGUCUUGCCAAACUCUUGGUGGAUGAGGAAGCACAUGUCACUACCGUGGUCGCUGGAACUUUCGGAUAUUUGGCUCCAGAAUAUCUGCAAAGUGGUCGAGCCACGGAAAAGUCCGAUGUGUAUAGCUUCGGAGUUCUCUUGUUGGAGCUUGUAACCGGAAAAAGACCAACCGAUCCGGCUUUUGUAAGGAGAGGCUUGAAUGUUGUUGGCUGGAUGAACACACUAUUGAACGAGAACCGAUUGGAAGAAAUAGUCGAUCGAAGAUGUAACGACGUGGACAUGGAAACGUUAGAUGCAAUUCUUGAAGUAGCAGCAAGGUGUACCGACGCAAAUCCAGACGAACGUCCAACAAUGAACCAAGUAGUUCAGUUGCUUGAGCAGGAGAUCAUGUCACCGUGCCCUAGCGACUUCUAUGACUCUCACUCGGAGUAUUGUUAAACGGACAUAGACGAAGUACCGAGAAUCAUGGCCGUUUCUCGAAUUUUCCUCGGUUUUCUCGCGAUUUUGUCGCACUGUAUGGGAUGUGCACGGUGUCCAGCAGCUUAAUUAUCAACUUGAACGGUGGUUCUGUAUUAGUUUUACUGCAUAGUAUAACUGAAUUCAUCACCUCAUUCA